AAAAAGGGUACUUUGGAAUGAGGCGGCGGAGGCUGCUCUGAUUGAGUUGUGGCGCGAGAAGAUGCCAGAGCUGCGGUCAGCUCGAAAGAAUGGCCAUAUCUAUGAGGAGAUGGCCAGCGAUCUGGGAAACAUUGGCUUCGUAUAUACUGGAGCGGAAGUGAGAGUUAAGUUGCACAACUUCUCCAACAAAUACAGGCAAGAAAGGGCAAAAGUUGGUCCGUCGGGUGGCUCUCCAUCUACGUGGAGACUGUAUAAUGCCGUCCAUGAAGCCCUUGGAUGCCAAAAGAGCUACUGCGCUGACGAGUUGAUGGAGGAUAGUAUUAUGGCUACGUAA